CUUGACUUUCUUGACUUGGAUGAUCUUCAAACGAUUUCUCUAAUUCCAUCUAUCACCUCGUUCAUCCUCCUGUCGUCGCCAUCCACCCCCUCUAUUCACCCCCUCAUCUCAACGCCGCCCCGCCAUGAUCACUCUCACACCCCUGUCGGCCUCGGCAAACGAGUCUUCAUCGUCAGAGCCCAUCUCUUACCUCCUGCAACUGGAUGAUGCCCGCAUCCUACUGGAUUUGGGGCAGAGAGACUACCGAGCAAGCGCCCAGCAAACUUCUUGGGAGUACGAGGAGAAAGUACGAGAACUCGCCCCUACGCUGUCUCUUGUCCUACUAUCGCACUCUCCAGCAAACUACUUGUCACUGUAUCCUUAUGCGCGGGCAAGAUGGGGCCUCACAUGUCCGGUAUAUGCGACCCAGCCAACCGUAGAGAUGGGACGAGUGGUGUGUCUUGCCGAAGCAGAAAGCUGGCGGUCCGAAUGUCCAGUGGAAGCUGCCGAGGCCAUCACAGAAUCAUCAAGUGAAGGAGAAGAAGUGUCAAGAAAGCCAUUGAAAGGCCCGCUUGUGGCCACGUCAGAAGAGAUCCACGAAGCUUUUGACUGGAUCAAGUCGGUACGAUACAACCAACCGCUACACCUGGGCGGAGACUGUUCACAUCUGCUCUUGACGCCCUUCCCAUCGGGACACACUCUUGGUGGGAGUCUGUUCAAGAUCCGAUCUCCUACAUCUGGUACCAUUCUCUAUGCUGUCGGUAUCAAUCACACUAGUGAAAGGCAUCUGGACGGUAUGGUCGGAGCUCAAAAUGGACCCACUGGCUAUGCCGACGGCGUCCAACGCCCAGAUAUCCUGAUAGUAGAGUCAGGGCGAUCCCUUAUCACCAAUCCCAAGCGAAAAGAACGCGAGGCGGCCCUCAUCUCCCUCAUCUCUUCCACCCUCGAAUCCAACCAUUCCCUCCUCCUCCCCGUCGAUCCUUCCCCGAGACUACUCGAGCUUCUCGUACUUCUUGACCAACACUGGACGUUCAAGCGUACCCCUCGACAAGGGAACAAGCGAUUCAGAGCCGAACCGGGAGGCGAGAUGGCCAUGUGGCCCUACCCUCUUUGCAUCGUCAGCCGGACCGCGCAGGACAUGAUCACUUUCGCCCGGUCGCUAAUCGAGUGGAUGGGCGGCACUGUCAAAGAUAGCGGUGACUCUGUGGUUGAGACGCGUCCCGGAAAAAAGGGUCGACCUACCCGUGUGCAGCUUGGUUCUGAAUACGGGGCACUCGAUUUCCGUCACUUGCAAUUCUUCGCCUCUCCUGCCGACCUUUUAGCCGCCUUUCCUCUGUCCCAGCCGAAACUUGUGUUGGCGGUACCUCCCAAUAUGUCACACGGGCCUUCGAGGUUUUUGUUCACGGAGAUGGCGAAUGCCGAAGGGAACGUGGUUUUGUUGACGGGUAGAGGCGAAGAAGGGACGCUGGGUCGAGACUUGUUUGGAAAAUGGGAAGAGAAACAGGGCGAGGGAGAGCAGUGGGGACAAGGCAAGAUUGGAAAGCUCGCCACAUUAAAUGGAACACUGCAAGUUGAGAUCGACUCUAAGGUCCCCCUUGAGGGUGCCGAACUGGAGGCCCACUUGGAAUCAGCUCGGCUGACCAAAGAAAGAGCAGCCGCCCAACAAGCCGCUCUCGAACGCUCUGCCCGACGGAUGCUCGAGGCCGAUGAUCUCGAAUCUGACUCUGAUGACGAAUCUGAUGACGGCGCGUUGGCUGGCGCUGAAGAGAAAGGGGAGCUUGGUGGCGCAACGGUCAAGAGAACAGAAGGAGCGAAUGCUUAUGCCGGUGACGGAGAGGAUGUGCGAACGAUGAGUUUUGACAUCUAUGUCAAAGGUCAGCAGAUGCGUUCUGGUCGAGGCGCCGAGAUGGCGCGAUUCCGAAUGUUCCCCUUCGUCGAGCGUAAGGGUCGCAAAAUCGAUCAAUAUGGUGAGGGUCUUGAUAUUGGUCAAUGGAUGCGCAAGGGUCGAGAAAUUGCGGAAGAGGGAGAGACAGAAGAAGUGAGGGAGGCGAGGAAGAGGAAAGAGGAGGAAGAAGAGAAGGCAAAGGUCCAGCCGGAGGUUCCGAGCAAAUUUGUGAACCAGCUGGUGUCGGUGGACAUGAAAGCGCAGAUCGGGUUCGUGGACAUGGAUGGGUUGCAUGACGGGCAAAGUAUCAAGACCAUUGUCAAUGACCUUCAGCCGAGAAAGCUUAUCCUGGUCCGAUCAACACAAGAAGCGACCCAAAACCUCGUCACCUUCCUUCACUCCAUAUCGGGAUUCACCAAAGAUAUUUUCACUCCAUCCCUUGACGAAGAGAUCAAGAUCGGUGAACACGUCGCGUCUUAUUCCCUCACUCUUGGUGACAGUAUAACCUCCGCUUUGGCCAAGAAGUGGUCUGAAUUCGAAGGCUACGAAGUCACCAUGGUCGACGGCAAGAUCAUCCUCCCAGCGGGCUCCACCAUUCCCAUCCUGGAGGCCUCUCACCUGUACCAGCCCCUCCCCAAAACCGAGGAGGCCGAAGGAGACGAGGCGGCAGAGGGAGAUGUCAAACCAUCUGCUGCCGAGCUUGAGGCACCGCCCAAGGAGGCUACUCCUCCUCCCAGUGCUCCGACAGUGUCCAACCUGCCCUUGACCCUACCGACGUCUACGUUCAUUGGCGAUUUGCGUCUUGCUCGUCUAAAAUACCGUCUCUCAUUACUUGACCCGCCUAUCCCUGCAGAGUUUGCAGGAGAAGGUGUGUUGAUCUGCGGGCCUGGGGUAGUGGCAGAGGAGAAAAGGAAGGGAGGACAGGUGGUGGCUGUUAGAAAGGUCGGGGAGGGCAGGAUCGUUGUCGAAGGAAGUGUAGGAAGGAUCUAUGGGGAGGUCCGAAAGGCUGUCUACGGCGGUCUCGCCAGGGUUGACUCGGUGUAGAGAUGAUAUCUUGUAGGACUCCAGAUCUGCUGCGAGAUGUACGAUCACAUGAUUGAACACAUUUGUACAUCUCUUGCCCAUUACAAAGUUCAUCAUGCA